AAUUCAUAAUAGUAAAAUAGUAACCUUGUCUCUGUAAAUAUUUACGAAAACAACGGACUAUGUCCGCCCUCGCCACACCACUAACAUUUGACAUUACCCUAAUGUGUUUUCUAUAAGUAGACUUGAUUCUCACCACGUACUUGCCAUCCCACCCCAUUCUUCACACUAUAUAUUCACUAACAUUAAAAAAUAUGAUCAAUAAAGCCACUCCAUUGCUGUUUUUGCUGCUUGCUGUAAUAAUAUUAAGCACUUUAAAUCUCAUUCAGAGCGAUAAUGUGUUGCCAGAGACGGCGGUUUUCGACACCGGAGGGUUGAGCAGAGACAGCUUUCCAAAGGGUUUUGUGUUUGGAACAUCAACUUCUGCUUAUCAAGUUGAAGGUGCAGCCAGUAAAGAUGGCCGUGGACCUAGUGUUUGGGACAUUUUCAUUAAAAAACCUGGACGUGAGCCCAAUAAUGCAAGUGGAGAGGUCUCUGCGGACCAGUACCACCGUUAUAAAGAAGAUAUUGAUCUAAUGGUGAAGCUGAACUUUGAUGCUUACCGUUUCUCAAUUUCUUGGUCCAGGAUUUUCCCAAAUGGAACUGGAAAAAUUAACUGGAAGGGAGUUGCUUAUUAUAACAAGUUGAUUGACUAUACGCUUAAAAAAGGCAUUACUCCAUAUGUUAAUCUUAAUCACUACGAUUUACCUCAAGCACUUCAAGAUAAUUACAAGGGGUGGUUGAGUCAUGAAGUUGUGAAAGAUUUUGCUGAUUAUGCAGAAUUUUGCUUCAAAACAUAUGGAGACAGAGUCAAGAAUUGGUUCUCAUUUAAUGAACCAAGAGUUGUUGCUGAUUUAGGGUAUAACACUGGAUACUUUGCACCUGGUAGGUGCUCCAAAGCAUUUGGCAAUUGUACAUCAGGGGAUUCUGCAACUGAGCCAUAUAUCGUUGCACAUAAUCUAAUCUUGAGCCACGCUGCUGCAGCUCAGAGAUAUCGCGAUAAGUAUCAAGAGAAACAGAAAGGAAAAUUUGGAAUUAUCUUGGAUUUUGUUUGGUUUGAACCUCUGACCAAAUCCAAAGCUGACAAUUAUGCUGCUCAAAGAGCACGAGACUUUGAAUUGGGAUGGUUUUUGCAUCCUCUAAUAUAUGGAGAGUACCCCAAAACCAUGCAAAAUAUUGUUGGAAAUCGGUUACCCAAAUUCACAAAAGAAGAGAUUAAGAUGGUUAAAGGAUCCAUUGAUUAUGUGGGCAUAAACCAUUAUACUACCUUCUAUGCAUAUGAUCGCCAUCUAUCCAAACCAAAAGCCCUUGGCUACCGACAGGAUUGGAACUGUGCAUUUGCUUAUGAUCGCAAGGGAGCACCAAUUGGUCCUAGGGCGCACUCCGACUGGCUCUAUAUUGUGCCUUGGGGUCUAUACAAAGCUGUCAACUAUGUAAAAGAACACUAUGGAAAUCCUACCAUUGUUCUAUCAGAAAAUGGUAUGGAUUAUGCAGGCAACAUUUCUCUUCCUGAAGCUUUGCAUGAUACCAAAAGGAUUGAUUACUACAGAAGCUAUUUGGCCGAACUGAAGAAGGCUAUCGAUAAAGGAGCUAAUGUCAUAGGCUACUUCGCGUGGUCAUUGCUCGACAACUUUGAGUGGAGACGGGGUUAUACUUCUAGAUUUGGUAUUAUCUAUGUUGAUUACAGAACACUCGAGCGAUAUCCAAAGAUGUCAGCCUAUUGGUUCAAGCAAUUACUUCAACGCCAUAUGCAUUAAGCCCAGACUUUGCUUCCUGUAUUCGCUUUCUCAAAUAGUUUGCUUUCUAUAGGAUAUGCGUGUAGUUUCAUGUCCAGCAUUUCCACUGUUGAAACUGGAAGCCAGAUAAAGUUUUGAAUAUCAAGGGUGCGAAUAUUGGAAACUAAACAAAUGCUAUAUUUCUAGUAACAAAUGGCUACACCAUAUUUGAUAUUUCAACAAAAUGUCAUUGGCAGGCACAUAGUUGGUAUCUUCACAAAACUGAAACCGAUUGCCUUUCAAAGCCUUGGCUCGUCAACCAUUUCGAAAAGAAAAACUAUUACGAUUAAUAAGCUGAAAAAUUAGACCUACUUUAGGCAUAUCGCAUAUUGUAUAGUACUCACCUGA